UGGGUGUGCUCUGGGGGCUCAAAUGACGCUGCGCCAUCAGAGGUAUUCGAGCUUCUAGCCUUUCGCAUCCUGGUUCAGUACAUGGGCGACACUUGCUCGCGCCGUAGGGAUGAUGGUCCAGAUGCCGGUAAGGGUGACGGUUUCGCGCUCGCGGAGGGUGACAUCGUCAUCGCGACGUACAUGAAAUGUGGAACCACGUGGAUGCAGUACAUCGUCAUGACCCUGCUUUACAAGGGCGAUGCUGGCAUGAUCAAGAGCCUAGAUUUCCAGUCUCCAUAUAUCGACGAGCUCUUCAUUGAGGGGGCUGGUGGUAAGGCCGGCGGCAAGGGGAAGGACAAAGAUAAGGGCAAAGGUAAAGACAAGGACAAGGACAAGGACAAGGACAAGGACAAGGACAAGGACAAGGACAAGGACAAGGACAAGGAUAAGGAUAAGGACAAGGAAGGGGGAGACGGCGGCAAAGGCAAGGAUAAAGACAAGGACAAAGGCAAGGACAAGGACAAGGACAAAGAAAAGAAAGGCAAAGACAAAGGCAAGGGCAAGAACAAAGGAGCCCAGGGCUUCGGACCUCCCUGGUUCUGCAGGGGGGAGUUUCAUCCUCCUCCCGAGGGGGAGGAGCCUCCCGGAGACAACCCCUUCGCCGGCAUGAAGGCGUGGGACGGGAGCGAGUUCUGCUUCCAGAGGCCUCGGCCCCUGGUCGUCAAGACGCACUGGGCCCCCAGCGAGGUCAAGUGGGACGGCGGAAUGAAUGCUGUGGGCUCGACCGCAAAAGUCAUCGUGGUGGCCAGGAACCCGAAGGACGCUAACCCCUUCAGUUGGACAUUCAGGGCAGCGUGUCCCAAGCUGGUCUGGAAAACUUUUGGCGUCGUCCAAAUCUGUUCUUUCCCUACAGAGCUUGUCUGUAAGAGCACCACAGAUGUUCUAAGAGACCGAUUGCGGGGAGUCUUGUCUAUGCCACUCCCUCCGCUAAGGUGUACAGCUGUUUCUGGUCUCAUGCCGCACAGGUGUAAUCUUACCAGGUGGCCAUGAGGCGAGCCUAAAAGCUGGCACAGGGUCAGACAGGCUUGCAGGCUGGCGGCAGGGUGGACAGGCAUGCAGAAGGGCAGGACUAGUUGCAGGCAGACAGGCGGGCGGGCGGGCAUCCAAUUGAGCAGUCACACGGGCAGCCAAGCAUCAGACCGCUGAUUUUCCAGUAGACUCCGAGGACGCUGUGAUCUCGAUGUUCAAGCAGAGCCAGCAGUUCUCCCUUGCGGCCUCGAGAGAAGGAUUCGAGCCCUUCGUCCGCCUCUUCCUCAGCGGGGGCCUUCCCCUCACGGACCCCAAAGACUUCUGGAAGUUCUACGGGGAAUGGUGGGCCGCUGCGGACAGUAAUCCCAACGUUCUCUGGGUCUUCUUCGAGGACCUGAAGAAGGACGCAUGCAACGAGAUCAGGCGGGUUGCGGAGUUCAUCGGGGUGGAGGCCGACGACGACCUGAUCCGGCGUACCGCGGAGGCUUCAUCAUUCGAGUCGAUGAAGUCGUCGGGUGGGGAGCAGCUCCAGAUGCUGCUCAACUCUGGCAAAUCGGGGGGCUGGCGGGACCAGAUCACUGGCGAGCUCGACGAGGA